UGCGCCCCUGGGGUCUGGGGCGGGCCCUAUUCAGCCACGCCACGGGAAUCACCCCUUGGAGCCCGCCCCCGCCCUGCUACCAGUAAAGAUUCAGACGCCCUUUGCACUUUGGCUCCCUAGCUGUAAUCUUGGGGCGGGGCUGGGAGUUUAAAGAACGUACCUGAGUCCUUUGCCAGCUGUGUUUGUGGGUUGGUAAACAGGCAGCAGUUCACUCCGAUUUUAAAAUUAUUGGGAAGCGAUUGGUUGCUAAAGGAAAUGAUCUUUGACUCUGUUAUGGUCUGUUAAAUGCUGCUGCUCGACAGGCCAGAACUCCCUGUUACAGCUAUGGCAAAUAUCAGGGAAGAAACACGGAUUUGCAGGGGCAUGAGAAGUCACAGCUACUUAACCUAGAAAUGCUUGGUAAAACUGGGAGGUGGUCGUGUUCCUCUUUUUUUCAUAUCAGCAAUUCAUUUGGAACUAGUAAGGCCACGUGCGCGAACAAAGACUGCCUGUGUGAUCUGGAUCCUGAGAAGCAGAACAUCUGUGACAAAAUGAUACAGGAUGCACCUUUCUUUGGUACUGUGCACAGCUCUGCUGAUAGGAAGUGGCAGUGCUCAGGAUGACGAUUGGAUUGACCCCACAGAUAUGCUGAAUUACGAUGCAGCUUCAGUGAGCAUGCGAAGACCUAACAAGGUAAAUGAUGAUGAGUCUGAGACCGAGAAGACAGUGAAUGCUGAUGAGAGCACUGCAAGCCAAGAGGACUUGCAGGGUUGUCAGAGAACAGUGGAAUCCCUAAUGCAGCAGAUUGAGGACUAUAAGAAGAAGGAGAAGACCAACUCAUAUGAAAGCAGCAGCAUUCAUAUUUUUAGGCGUUACUUGAAUAAAAUUCUAAAUGAAAUUAGAAAACUUGGUUUUCCUAAUGAAAAUACUGGUAGCAUGCAUUAUGAUUCUGAGAUCGUCCUUACAAAACAAACUCUUUCAGAGAUCGAAAGGUUUCUCAAUGAGGAGGACUUGCAACCUGCUGCUUUGGAUGAUGCCCUUAAUGAUAUGCAAACUAAUUUUAAGCAUCAUGAUUAUGAGGCUUGGAAAUGGAGGUUUGAGGACGCAUUUGGAGUUUGUCCAUACGAUAUCUUUAUGGGACUCUUGUGUUUAGUGUGCAUUGUUGUAAUCAUAGCUACUGAGUUAUGGACAAGGAUUUCCUGGCUUACUCAGAUAAAACGUGUGUUCUUAAUUUGUUUUCUCAUCAGUUUUGGAUGGAACUGGGUUUACUUGUAUAAGGUGGCCUUUGCACAGCAUCAAGCAGAAGUAGUUAAAAUGGAGAAGUUUGACAAUGUGUGUGCUGAGAAGAUCAGCUGGAGUGGGAAUCUGUUUGAAUGGUUUAGAAGUUCAUGGACAUUCCAGGAUGAUCACUGUCAGAAGUACUAUGAACUUAUAUUAGUGAAUCCUAUUUGGCUGGUUCCUCCAACAAAGGCAUUGGCCGUUACAUUCACCAAUUUUGUAACAGAGCCACUGAAGCACAUAGGACAAGGAAUUGGCGAAUUUAUUAAAGGGCUUAUGAAAGAGAUACCAUUAUUGCUACAGGUUCCAGUGUUAAUCAUCAUGGCUCUGGCUUUUCUGGGUUUCUGCUAUGGUGCAGGAAGAUCUGUUAAUUUAUUCAGGGCUUUAACAAGCUCUGAGAGGGAACCGCAGUCUUCACUUCCUCCAAGUGACAGACCGAAGGAGGAACCAAAAGAGUAUGUGCAAUAUAUCUGUGCAGGUGAUUCAAAUAUCCGUCAUAGGAUGAAUGCUGGACACAUCGAUGUAAGAACUUAUGAGAGAGGAGAUGGUCUGAGAGAUGGAGAAGGUCACAUGAGACCACAAAAUGGCAAAAAAAACUCUGAAGUUCUGCAAGCAGGUGAUAUGCCAGACGCACAAAUUGAAGAGCACACCAAGAUGGCAACCAGUAACGGAUCGCACGCUUCUUCUGAAGAACAGGCUGUUUGUAGCGUGAAAAGGAGCAAAGAUCAAAGCCAUGAAGGAGAGAUUGCACCUGAACAGCAGAAACUGUGCACACCUGGAGAUUUACAAGAAUCUGAAGCAAAGUGUGGAACUGAACCAAAUUGUAGCCCUGAAGAGAACAAUGCCAAUGUGCAAGACUGUUGAUGCAACAGGAGAAUUUAAAAAAGGAAAGAGCAGUUUGUGUGAAUGAAAGGAAGGCACAGCUAAGACUGAGUUAAUCUUUCAGAUGUGCUGCAAGUUUUGUUAAAAUCCUGGUUUUCAAAAGGCUUUGCUUGUCAGACUUUGUUUUUAAUAUUUUUUCAUUUAUAGGAACUGAGUAAAAUAUGAUUGCUGACCUCAUCUUGAGCCAAAUCUACUUUUGAGCAUAAAUAAGUAUGCACAAAUGGCAUAUAGGCCCAGGUUUUACCUUCCAGACAACAGUAUUUGUCACCUUCACAUACCUCUGAGUUGUGUGUGGUGUAUUUGUGAUAUUUUUAAUAUUGGAGCUUGAUAGUAUGGGAUGGGAUUUAAAGUGUUUCAGUUUCCAUGAAGGCUAAGUGUAGGCGGUCAGAAAGCUAGAAGUUGAAUUGAUUCAGUCUUUGCAAGUUAUUCUUAAGCUGCAUAGAUUGAACCAGUAAGCAAGUGAACAUUGGAUUCUGGUACUUCUAAAUCACUAAAUAAUUUACUAAAUGAUUCACUUAGUGAUUUAGAAGUACCAUGUUGAUUCUGGAAAUGCAGCCACAUGCUUGCAGUGACCAGGCCAGAAGCUGAGGGGAGCUAGAACAUGCCUUCCUGCUGAGCAAACAGCUUGGGCUAAGGCUAGCCCACCUACACUGUUUAGACCAAAGCAUCUUGGGGUUCUGGGGGACUGUGAGUUAACUGAUUUAAGUUAAAUGGCUUUAUUCAACUUCUGUCCCACAGCUCCUCCAGAUUCAAGUUAAGUCUGAUACUACAUCCAUCCAGAUUUAUUUUAAACCAGUUUUGGCAAUUUUGAAAGUAGUUUAUGGUCACUGAACUUCUGUUGUUACAGUUUUGAACUGGUUUCUGAUGACUUAUACUGAUUUAGGUGUAAUUUCUGUCCUUAGCCCUAUUAUAUCAGACCAUUCUUAUUUACCCUUUCUGGCAGCUUUCCCCCAAAGUACCUAGAAUUUUGUUUUACCUAGAAUUUUUAAAUGUAACUUCAUUCUCUACGUGCACGGCAAGCAUCGUAAUACUGGAUUGCGUGAUCUAGCACACAAGGGCCUACUGUAGCAGAUAAUGACUCCCUGUGCUGGCACCACAGGCCUGGUCCAAACUCUGCUAUAUUAUUAAUUACAGGAUAGCAAAGCACAUUUUCCCUUUUGAGCUUCACUUAGGUUAAAAUGGCCAGACGUUAAUUUUAGUUUGAGGUUUAUGUUCACUUUAAAACUGUGUUAAAAUAUUUGUGCCAAAUACUCAGUUUAUUCUUCAUUCUAGAAGCCAUUUUCUGUAUCAAAGAAUUGUUGCUCUUUAUAUCUGGAUGGUAUUCAUCCCAGAAGUCUGGAACAGUUUUUAAACUGAACUCAUUUGGCUGACAAAACUGUCAUUUCUGAUUUAAAACCCAUGAUUAUAGCAGAGGAUAGAAGUAGCAAAUGUCUUAAGUGGCAGUUCUGACACCUAGACCAGUGAGAUGUUAUCUUUUAACAGUGCUAAAAUAAGUAAAAUUUAAGUAGUAAACAUAGGCAGGAUUAUAACAGGGACAAGCUAUCAUGAUCUUUCAAAGGACAGAAGGCAGGGUAGACCUGCAUUUUAUGGACUAACUGAAUCAGAGAUGUGUAUAUGUCUCUGGAACCUUUGUACGCCCAAGCUCACUUCAUCAGAUGCUGUGUAAGGACUUGCACAGUAGAGUGUAUAAAAUGGAGUGAUUUGAAUACAAAAGAUAGGGAGGGGAGAGGCAAACAGUAAUCUGUAGGGACAAAGGGGCACAAAAACUAACACAGUCCAGUCUGUGGAUGAUUUCUUAUUCCAGAGUUUAAUAUUCCAGUUGGGUUUUUUUUUUUAAGUUUUGUGGUCUAAGACCAGCUACCCUCAAGUCAGCAAUUGAAUGUCCAGGUAGGUUUAAAUUAUCACUCUUUCUUUCUUUCUUUCUCUCUCUCUCUCAAAGGGCAGUCACUUUUACAGAUAUAGCAAAUCAUUUCUAAAGGUAAGAAAACUUGCACUUAAUGAAGGAUGCAGACAGGAGAAAAUUACUCCUUUACUAGAAAGUAAGUUCCAGGAUCAAUUACUACGCCACAGUAGAGACUAUGCUGCUUUUAAACUGACUUGCAGUUUGUGCUAUUAUACUAUGUGACCGCUAGGCAACAGGGAGCUAGUUUUAUUGUGCAAGCAAGAUUUCCACUACCACCCCUCUUGGUGACAUGAAAUAGGGCAGUGUCUUUCAACCUUUUCAGUCACAGCACCCAACCUCUACUUUUUUUUUUUUAAUAUUGUGGCACCCCUGGGCUGAAAAACCAGGUGGUGCUGCCUCAGUUUACACUAGUGCUUCUCAGUCAGAUUCUGCUGCCUCCAGCUGAAACUGCUGCACAUCUAGCCCAGGAAGGGCUGUCACAAUGCACACGUUCCCCCCUGCAUUAGGGUUCUCUAAUCAGCCUAAAGGAGGCAGGUGCUGCCUCAUGCUGUGUAAUGCUACAGAGUUUGAUGUCUUCUGUGCUCAUCCUAAACAGAAGCAGAUGGGACAGCCCCAAUGCUCCUCCAGGAAACAGGCACAAGUGGAAGAACCAGACUAAGAAGUGCCAUACAGCAGGUUAGGCUGAUUUAGUAGGGACAUACUGAAAUUUUGAUAUUACAGAGAAUCACUGGAAAAUACUUGAUUAAGAAGCUAGUGCUAGCCUGGCUUCGCAACCUACUUGAGGGCUGGGGUAAGCUGCUUCAAAAUGGAGCACCCAAGAUGGCUACUUUUCAUGAAGCUCUGCCUCUGCCAAUCAGUGACAAGGGGCAGGGCCACACAAAAGGCAGACUUCUCUGCACAUCAGGGCAGCAAAGGGGGAGUUCGCUGCAAAAAGACUGGUGCUGGGUACUACAAGUGGCCUGCAGUUUUUCAUUUGCAUUUGGUGUGCUUUAAGUAGGUUCCUUAGCUAGAUCCCUACUGAUUAGGGAGCCCUACUGCAGAGGGAGUGCGCAUGGCAGUCGUACCUGGCCUCUACCACUGCAACACCCCCAAGGGGGCGGUGUGGCACCUGGUUGAGAAGCACUAAAGUAGGGGAAUGGGUACAGCUCAUUUUGUGCAAUGCUUAUGGAGGAAGGUUACUACACAUUUUUCAAGAACUCUAGAAUUAGUAUUUAUUGUAGGGUAGGGCUGUAUGCUAUAUGCUUGCAUCUUAAGCAAGUGUGUAGCAAAAUAGUAGAUAAAAUGUGAUUUGCAAGUAUUAGUCAACAUAAAAUGAGCCUGUAUUACAGCUCAGGUCAAAAACACUUUAUAAUACCAUUAUAAAAUUAAUUUAUAUUUUGUUUAUUCUUUUUAUACUGGUGUGAUAAUUCCAGUGUGGAAACUCACUGCAGAAAACUAGUUUGUGAAGAUUUUUGUGAUUGUUCUAUAAAUAUUUUCUUUGAAAAACUAAAUAAGAACCAGAACUGGGUGUAUUUUUUACUUUCAAAAAUAUUAAAAAUCUCAGUUUCCUA